AUGCAUCUCCCACGCUCUCUAAUCUCGAAACUCUACACCCACCUCCAGAACACCCGUCAUCCGCUCUCCCCUCCGGUCCUCAUCCUUGUGGCUCUCGAACCCGAUGCUCUCUGCGCAUGCCGCGUCCUGACAAGAUUACUGAAGCAUGACUACAUCCCACAUAAGAUCCAGCCCGUGGCGGGCUACACCGACCUUGAGAGGGCCGGAAAGGAGCUUGUGGUUCCCAUGAUGGAGUCUCAGGGCGGCAGCGGCGGCCUUGUCGUCUGUCUUGGUGUUGGAGGCAUGGUCGAUCUUGGCCCCCUGCUCGGGCUCGAACCCGAAGGCGACGAUUCCCCCUACAGCGGCGUUGAGGUCUGGAUCAUGGAUGCACAUAGGCCAUGGAACUUGGGAAACGUGUUUGGUGGCUUUCCUCUCGAUCCGACAAAUGAAGAGUCCUCAUCCUACCAGUCAAGAAGUCCGCCUGGUGUCGAUGGUGGAGAGAUUACUCGAGGAUAUAAACCAGGCAAGGGUGGAAUUGUGGUGUUUGACGAUGGUGACAUUGCGGACGACCUAGCUGCUGAACGAAAAGCAUACUUGGCUCUGGUUGACAUGCCGGAAAUCGACGACGACGGCGGUGACUUGGGAGAGACCGACGAUGAGAACGAUGAAGGAGACAACUCAAGGCAGGAAUCAGCUCACGCAGGCCAGAAACGAAAGAGCUGGUCAGACGCAGACGAGGACGAAUUCAGCGACGACGAUAGACCGCGGCAACGACGAAGGAGCAACUCGUCAAAUUCUAUAUCCGAAUCCCCACAGCGACCGAAGCCGAGGGGACUCAUCUCCCUCCGAGAGCCCGAUGUCGGCUUGUCAAGCGAUCCGGUCGAACCUCCUUCCGGUGCCCAAGCAACACCUGCUUCAUCAGCACGCGCUCUAAGACGACGACUCCUCCGAAUGCGACAAGACAACGAGGCCAUCCUGCAUAAAUACUACAAGGUCGGCUCAUCAUUUUCCGAGCCCCUCUCGUCUAUGAUGUACUCGCUUGCGUCCGAGCUCGGCCGCGAAGAUAACGACCUACUAUGGCUGACAAUUGUUGGCGUCUCAUCCAUGGAACUCUACGGUCGUUCCUCAGCUGGCGUUGCCGCGCCUGUGAGGAAUAAUGAUGCUAGUCGGCCUACGGGAUGGCUAGGAUUACGAGGUGCUAGGAUACGCCAGUUACUACGCGACGAAGUGAGGCGGUUGAACCCGCCUGAAAUGACCAAUGGACGAGUUGCCGUCGAGAACACAGGUGUUAUACCCACUACGGCCAGGAAUCCCGAAGACACUGGAAUCCGGCUCUCUCCCGAACCUCGAUUCCUACUCAUUCGCCAUUGGAGUCUGUAUGACAGCAUGCUGCACUCACCAUAUCUCUUCUCCCGUCUCAAAACCUGGAGCGAGACGGGCAUAAAGCGACUACAUAAGCUCCUUGCCAAGAUGGGUGUUAGUCUCGCGCAGUGCAAGCAGAGCUAUACCCACAUGGACAUGAUGUUGAAACGUGAGCUGAGGGCCAAGCUACUCAAGUAUGGGUCUCUCUAUAACCUUGACGAGAUGGUGCCCUCGGUUGAGACGGACGGAAAGGAUCGAGGGGGUGCCAAGGAUGGAUGGGGUUUCGUCCGGAGUUGGGGCUGGAGAGCAACUCUCAGUGCCCAGGAUGUAGGAGUUGUCAUCGGUGCGCUUCUCGAGGUCGGGAAGCAUGCUCAUCACGCGGAUACUGCACAGACAUCGAGUCAAGCAGUUCGAGAAGUUGACGAGGAAGCCGAGUUUGCAGCUCAAGGAGACGAAUGGAUUGGCCGGUUCUGGGAGGCCUACGAUGCGUUGGAAGAUAUCGACUCGCUCAAGGCUGGUCUUCCCACGGCUCAGUUCCUCCAUCGGGCCAUCUACCGCACAGGAACCUCCCUUAUCAACAAGAAACAGAUCAAGCACCUUCGCGCCUUUCGUAUGUGCGUCGUCAAAGACGGGCCUGACGUCUCUCUCUUUACCCAUCCGGCAGCCCUCACCAAACUGUCACUCUGGAUCGGAGAGGCUCUUUCUGAACAAGAAAGGGACAAUCACGGAAAGCUAUCACAGGGUGGACGUGGCACGCCGCUUGUGGUGGCCAGCCUUAACGAAAAACGCGGGGUCUAUGUCGUCGUUGGCACUGGCGGCGGCGGUGGCCCGGACACCACGUUCCUAGAUAGGGAAGCAGCAAAGCAACGCAAAGUAGAGAAAGAGGCUAAGCUCAAGAAAAAGGAGGAAUCACGGUUUGCCAAGCAGAAGGUGCGAGAGGAGAAGUUGGCUGCGCGACGAGACGCAGGCGGCGAAGAUGACGAGCUGGAGACAGAGUCUGAAGAUUCCGACGGAUCAGAUUCAGACGACGACUCGGACGAUGACGAGGUUGAGCAUGAGAAGGGCUAUGGCCUCAACAAGUUCGGCAGCGCGUUCCAAGAGGUUGUCUCAGAGACAAGCGCGCGUGUACGCAUCGACAGCUUUGAGCACUGCGUGGUGGAGGUCAAGAAGGAAGACCUUGGAGGAUUUCUCGAGAGCCUGAGCAUGAAGGCUGUCGUUGGAUAA